UAUCAUCUUCUACAACUAUAUCCAAUUCAGCUUCCACAAAACCAAACAUCACAUGCAUAUAUGGCUCUGGUCCUGUGGUCGGAACUCCCGCGUGAUUUACUGAAAUCGAUCGGAACCCGCCUCGACAACCGGACCGAUGUCCUCCGCUUCCGUUCCGUCUGUUCGUCGUGGCGAAACUCCAUCCCUCCCUUCAGGAAAUGGCCACUCCAACGCUUCACUCUACCCAACGGCCACGGCUCCCUCUGCCUCACCGCAACCACCGUCUACCGCCUCCGACCGAUCGACACCCCUCCCGAUUCUCCCCCGCCCAAGCCCUGGCUAGUUAGGGUUUCAGACAGUCGUGAAACCCAACUUCUCAAUCCCCUCUCUGAUGUGCAAAUCAAGCCCCCAUGCAGGCCGUUACUUGUAAACUUGUCCCAAUUUCGUAUCUCCGAAAUUGGGAGAUCGUAUAGGGUGAACUACGUGGAUCUCGCUGACUUUGGCAUUUUGGCCAAUGUUGAGCAGGAUUGGGCGAUUCACUUUGAUAAGGUUGUUUUCUUGUCCGAUACAGACGGCGAUGAUGCGGUGGUGGUUGCAUUGCAGAGCCACCACCACAUCAUCGGUGGUUAUUUAGCUGCAAUUAGGCUAAGAGAGGAUGAAUUCAUGCCAAUAGCAUAUUCCAGAGGUAAUGAAUUCCAUGACAUUAUACACUUUAAUGGUCGAAUCUUCGCUGUGGAUGUGUACGGGAAUUGUUACACAGUUGAUGCUUUGUUGAACAUCUCGCUAAUUGCGCCACAGCUAAAUGGACAAGUUGCCGGAAAGAAAAACUUGGUGGAGUCCUCCGGGGAACUGAUUAUGGUAGAGAGAUUUUUCAACAAAACCUGGUAUGAUGAGGAGAAUGGGGUUUCUAUAACAGAGGUUUCCGGUGGUAAUGAAAUGCAAAGUUGGUUUAGGGUUUAUAAGUUGGAUGAAGAAGAGCAUACAUGGGUGGAGUUGACAAACCUAGGGGAUAGGAUGUUGUUUGUGGGUAAAGAUUGUUGCUUCUCUGUUUCCGGUACUGAUUUCGAUGGGUUCGAUUGCCGAGGAAACUGCAUUUUCUUCGUGGACGAGUAUUGUAUGCUCUUCGAUGAGAAUUAUCAUGAUCAGUACGAUGAACUUCGAGUAUUGGGUGAAAUGGAGAUUGGAGUUUUCAAUUUAGAAGAUAGUAGUGUUGGGCCACUGGUCUGUUUCCCUGGGUAUGCAGACCUAUUUUGGCCUCCCCCAAGUUGGCUUGCUACUGUUCCAUCUUCUACAUUUAAUCCUGCAUGGCAUCCAGAGAGACCAUUGUUAUGAAAAUUUCGGCGCCAAGGAAAUUCCUAUGAAGGCAAGUGAUAGGGACAUCAUUAAAACUACUAAAGAACCUGGUGAAGUUUUUGUUGCGAAAUUUCAAUUCCCAUUCCUGAGGACUCGACUUUGGGGAACUUCUCAUAUCCAGUUAGUAAGAUCAAAAUCACCUACUUUUGGGGAGUAUAUUACCAGCGCACUCUUUUAUUUUCUCUAAUAGCUUUUCUUAAGACGUGUGUUCUCCAUUGUGGAUUACUCUAAUUCUCCGGCAGUUGUACUUAUUACCACAUUGGAAAUGUGGACGAAGUCGAAGAAGUCUGGAGUGGUAUCUACGUAAUUUGAUUUUUUUUAAUGGUUACUUGUUUGGUAAAGCAGUACAGGUAUCUCUUUGGGACCGGUAUAUGGUUACGUUUGAAAACUAUUGAUUGGGCAAUACAAACGCCUUUGCAAAGGGGUAAUACAUUUCUUAUUUGUCCUAUGAAUUCUGAAAGUUUGGAUUGUUUCAAGACAUUUUAGAAUACGGAAUAAGUAUUCACUGCAUUAUAUUGUAGAAAAGGUUGGACCAAGAUCAUUCCUUAGGGCAGGGCAGCUACAAAGUGAAUGGGUCACCUUUGUAAAACGAUUCAGCAGAUUGAUUGUAUAGGGAAAGAAACAAUAAUUCUUU